UUCGUAAUGUGCGUGCGUGUGCGCUCUGUUGUGCAUAGUGUACCAGUCUGAGCACACGGCGGAUCUCCGCGCUUAGAGCAGAAUCAUGGUUGAGCACCCACGGGCCUUGCCAUUAUCUAAUGAUGGGCUUUUAACCAACAUGCGACGACUUGCUCUGUUCUUCUGACCUGAGAAAGACCCGAUACCCCGGUCGGUCCGGAUUGAUUUUCUUCGCAUCAUUUGGACAGGCGUCUCUAGGAUGGAGCACAUCACAACACCAAAGGUGGAAAAUGUGCGUAUGAUUGAUAGACUGACCCCCAGGAAAUCCACGGUGGGAACAUUAUACCUCUCCUCGACUCACACUAUAUUUGUAGAGAACUCGGAGGCCCGCAAAGAGACCUGGGUUCUGCACAGUUUGGUAUAUAAUGUGGAGAGACUCCCGACAAAUCCAUCAGGAAGUCCUCUCAUUAUCCGCUGUAAGAACUUCCUUGUUUACAGACUGCUGAUCCCACAGGAGAAGGACUGUUUAGAUGUGCUGGCCUCCCUCACUCGACUUUCACGCCCAGAACGCUAUGGAGAGUUGUUUUGUUUCUCUUUUAACCCCAACCUGGAUAAAGAGUUAAGGGAAAAGGCCUGGGGCUUCAUCGACCUGAAGGCAGAAUUCAAUCGAAUGGGAAUACCCAGCAACCUCUGGCAUGUCACAGCAGCCAAUCAUGAGUACAGAGUAAGUAUUUGCUCAAAUGCCUGUUCAUGCUCAGGGUCAAUAACCAUGUUUUCCUUACCCACAACAUAUUUUAAAUUACACUCAACACUAAAUGCCAUGGCUAAUCGUGCUGCGGGGAAGGGCUACGAGAACGAAGACCAUUACACUAAUACAAAACUGCAGUUCAUUGGCAUAGAAAACAUCCAUGUCAUGAGGAACAGCCAACAGAAGCUUAUAGAUGUUGGUGAACUUGUGGCUCCCUCAAUGAGUGAUUUCCUGUGGGGUCUGGAGAACUCUGGAUGGCUAAAACACAUCAAAGCUGUACUAGAUGCUGGAAUCUUUAUUGCAAAGGCAGUGGCAGAGGAUGGAGUGAGUGUUCUGGUGCACUGUUCAGACGGCUGGGACAGAACAGCUCAGAAAAUCAAUAAAACGGCACAUUGUGCACCGUUUUGGAAGGGGAUGUACGGCCGUGCAGAGAAAAGUGUGGCUUCACACCAGUCUCCAGCCGAUUGCCUGAACGUGGUGAGGGAGGAGUCACAACAAUUGGAGGAGGAGCUUAGCACCCACCAGGAGAGACUUGCCCAGCUGAAGGAGAAGAAAACUUCAGGGGGGAGGAAGAAGACCAACAAGCUGUCUGAACGUGUCCGCCGUCCAAUUCCAACCGAGAGCAAACCCAGCAGCCCUCUAGACUACUUCACCACCACAAGAAGCGAGAAACACACUCCUUCCUUCACACUGCCACUAGAGUUAGCAGCCCCACCCAAGAACGGUGACCCUGAUGACCUUUCAACCUGCAGUGAUUUCGAGUCAGGCGUGGCUGACCUCAGCAGCCACUCCUCUAGUGCUGGAGACGACGCUAAGGACCCCGAUUCAGAUGAGGCGGUCAAAACAAACGCCUGAACUAAAACUGGUGGGAUAAAAUAAGGGAUAAAAGCACAGUAACGGGUAUCAAACUGGGAACUGCUGUGUUUUGUUUUUAAUGUCAUUUUAAUUUUUUUUUAUCUGUGUGUGAAUUUAUAUUUAAGUAUGUGAACAAGUACACAUAUCCAAGAUGGUCUGGCAAUAUGACCUUAUUCCAUUUGAGUAAAAUCUUAUUUCUUGUAUAGUAUUUUAAGUUUUGGUUUGACUAUAUUUCACCGUCUGAUCCUUCAAGCCCUUGGUCAUUUUAGUCUUGACAUUUUCCAUAGCUUGUGUAUGUUUGGAACAGCAUAUUAUCAUACUACUCGCGCUAAUACACAGAACAUACAUCAGAUACCCAGUAUUAUGGAAGCUUGUUUCAGCCAUGGGAUAAAAACUAUAAAAAAAAGGUAAUUGCUACUUUUAUCUCACAUAUUUAUUUUCUUGGAAUUAUGAUUUUCUCAAAAUUCUGAAUUUACAUUUUACGAUAUCUGUUUUUUUGUUUUGUUUUUACACCACAGAAUAAAAAAUACAAAUUGCAACUAUCCUCAUAACUCAGACUUUUUG